AUGAAUACGACAGCGGAAACAUAUAUAAAAGAUGAAGAAGACGAAGAUAUUUUAUACCAAAAAGAUGCAUCCAUAUCCGUUGAACUCGACACCGGAAAUUCAGAUAAUUAUGAAUAUGGUAUUAAUAAUAAUGAUGAUGAAAGAGGAAGCGGGUCUAGGAAUACAUUAUUAUUAUUAUUGACAACAACGUUAAGUCCCAAUUUAGAACAAAAAGUACCCGUGAGAACGAAAUCACCGGGGAUAACAGAAAGUAUAAAACCUACAACGUCAACUCCUUGCACGUUGGAUUGUGGUGGUGGUGGUUCCGGGGGUGGUGGUACCGGCGGUGGUGGUAUUUGUAUAUUAGAUGAAGAAGAACAAAGAUGUCAGUGUCCUUUAGGAACUGGAGGAAUUAAUUGCGAUUUAGAAGUUUCUAUUGGAUCCCCAUGGUUUACUGGUAAUGGUUGGUUGGCAUUUCCGGCACUUCAAGCAGCUUAUAAACACGUCCAGUUGGAAAUGGAAUUCAGACCAGAAUCCUGGGAUGGAAUUCUUUUUUUAACUGGAGAAAGAGAUGACAUGACUGGAGAUUUUAUGUCUCUUCUUUUACAUCAAGGAUUUUUAGAAUUUAGAUUCGAUUGCGGAUCUGGAGUUGGUGUCGUACGAAGUGAAGAAACGGUUAAUUUAAACGAAUGGAAUAAAUUAAUUUUAUACAGGCACAGAUGGGAUGCUUGGAUUCAAUUAAAUAAUGGAAAACACGGUCUUUUUUCGAGAAUAACAUUUCGGGAACCGGUUUUUAUCGGUGGACCUGGAAACACGACAGGAUUAUCGGAUAAAUUACCCACCGAAUCAGGUUUUAAAGGUUGCAUAAGAUACCUGGAUAUAAACGAUCACACGUAUUCAUUCGAACAAUAUCCAAAUGGUGAUGCGAUAAAAGGUUUUGACGUCCUUGAAUGUACUUCUGAUAAAUGCAGCGAAGUCCCUUGCCAACAUAGUGGAAAGUGCCUCUUAUCUGGAGAAGAAGCCAUUUGUUUGUGUCCGUUAGGAUUUACUGGAGAUUUGUGCCAAACAAGAGUACCAGCAUUUAACGGAUCCAGUUAUUUGAGAUAUCCAGGAUUGGGAAAUUCAGUUUUAUCAUGGUUGGAUAUUGAAAUGACCCUUAAACCAACUUCAAAAGAUGGCGUCAUAUUAUAUAACGGUCAUAGAACUGAUGGAGUUGGUGAUUUCAUGGCUAUAAGUAUACACGGAGGACAUUUUGAAUUUACAUUUGAUCUCGGUACUGGAGCUGCAAGUGUCAGAAUAGAAAAACCGGUCACGAUGGGAGAAUGGCACGAAUUACGACUUUCGAGAACUGGAAGAUUUGCAAUAUUACAAGUAGAUGAUCAGGCUCCGGUUCACGCAUUGGCUCCAGGAGCUUUCACUCAAUUAUCGCUCCCCCAAAAUCUUUACAUCGGAGGAAUUCCAAACGUCGAUAUGGUUUCUCCAAAAGUCAAAAUUAAAACGUCAUUCGUCGGUUGCAUUCAAAAAGUCGUUAUCAACGAUAAACCGAUAAAAAUUUUAGCAGAAGCUCUAGCAGGUGUAAACGUAGCCAAUUGCCCACAUCCGUGCGUGACGCAACCCUGCGGUGCUGGAAAAUGCGUACCCAUUUUGGAAUAUUUUACAUGCGAAUGUGCGGAAGGUUACACGGAUAAAGAAUGUCAAGAACAUGAAAUUCCAGCAAUGCUGGAUAAUAUAGCGAUCCCUCGUUUCACUGGAUCGAGUUAUUUACAUUACAUAAGCAAUGAAAUGAAAUUUACCGUAAGAUUUAAUACAAAAGUCGAAAACGGCCUCAUUUUAUGGAUAGGAGACCAAGACUCGAGAGGAGACCACAGAAGCGAUUUUCUUCUUCUCGGUUUAUCCGGAGGAGAAUUACAUUUUAGAUUUAAUUUGGGAGGAGGAGAAGUUGAUAUUUCAUACAAUGAAACUUCCCUUUCCGACGGUGAAUGGCAUGAGGUUACCGUGAGGAGAACGGGGAAAAGAGGAGAAUUAAUUGUGGAUGGUAUGACACCGAUCGUUCGAACCGUCCCUGGAAAACUCACACAGCUCAAUACCAACACUGGAUUAUAUGUUGGUGGAAUAGAUAAUUUAAAAGAAGACAUUAUAAAUAAAUACACCAGCGGCCUUGUAGGAUGCAUUUCGAGGUUGGUGCUGGACACCGAUUAUGACGUUAAAUUAAUGGCAAUGUCAACAGCUGGAAGAAAUGUACAACAUUGUAAUUAA